UGAGAUGUACUGAAACCUGCACGCACAACAUGGGGCUUCAGAAAACACAUCCAUCUCAGCGAGGCUCUGAUGAAAUUUUACCGAACCAAUAUGCUGACUGUUUGUUCUCCUCAUGAAUGCUGCCUCUCCCGCUGAGUGUUGCCAAACAUCUUCUGUUUGAUAAACGGUCACUUACUGGCAAAGGGCUCAUUGUUGGGAAAUCUGGAUCCAAAACAAAAAACGUGUAAAUGCUUGAAGUUCCUUUUCAUUAAUCAGUAAGUCUUUGUGUAUUUAAAUAACAUUAUUGGACACUCCAGCAUAUUUUGUUGUUGCAGCGAUUUGGGUCAUAUUCUGGAUACGUGCAAAUCAGCAGCUCUCUGAAUUGUUCAAUAUAAACAGCCUGAGCAGACGGAGGGCUGUAAGUUUAGCUUUACUCCACUCAUCUGACUGAGCCUGUCCUGCCUUUCGGCUCCACAAUGAUGGGGAGAGGUGAUAGUGUUAGAAUUCAGCACCCUGCCUCAUUGGGAAUCAUAGUCCAUUAGAUACAGGAGCAGAAUUAAGCCAUUCGGCCCAUCCAGUCUGCCCCACUAUUAAAUGAUUGCUGAUACAGUAUUCAAACCCAUUCUCCAGCCUUCUCCACGUAAUCUUUGAUCCCUGUUACCAGUCAAGAGCCUAUCUAUCUCUGACUUAAAUACCCAAUUAAUGCGGUCCUUAUUUUUUGUUUAUUUUAAGAACCAACCACCAAAACAAAACAACCCAAUAAUCUAAUAAGAAAUUGAAUAUAGAUUUGUACACCUGUUGUCUUUCACUGUGUCCUCAAAAAAAUCUAAUAACUCAGUUUUUGACUUUUAACUCAAUUUUUGACUUUUAAAUCAGCUUGUUUAAACGUGUAUUUGCAACUUGAACCCAGGUCUUCUGGCCCAAUGGCAGGCAUACUUAGCACUGUGCUACUGCACCUUUCAAAUAUUUAUCUAAUUAACUUUUGAUGUGAAAAGGUCCUUUUUUAAAGCCUUUGGGCUGAUAGUUAUAAAGCUAAAAUACAGAGAGAACCAUUAUGGAUAAUGAUCACUGAGAGGACUAAGAAGGGGGAUGAAUUCUCUCAGCACUCUUACUAUUUAUUUUCAACCUUUAGUUGAUUUAUUUGAAUAAAAUACAUCUUACAAAGAAAACGGAACCAUUGCCGGUGGCACAAAUACUCCUCCCGUUCGGGGGAACACCAGACCCGGAUGGAUUUGAUGGCGACACCACCGCGCGUCACCGUGGUAACGGGAAACGAGCGGCCUAUUUGAACAGGCUUGAAAUCCGUUUGCGUCUAAAGAGACGGAGUGAAGCACGGCUGUGGGCCGGUCGCGGUGGUAGGAGAGUAUGUGAAAGAGGUAUCACUUUGCAGAAUGCUUCAAGAUAAUUUUGAUGAACUUCUUACUCGGAAGGAACAGGAAUGGAAGGACCUUCAGAUACAACGUGUCCAGUCACUACAUACUGCACUUCAAGAUUCACAAAGAAAACUCAAAGAACAGCAAGAAAAGUUUAACAUACUGAAAGAGGACUUCAUGUUCAACCUAAAGGUACUGGAGGAACGAGACCGAGAUUUGGAACGGUAUGAUGCCAUAUUUGCUCGACUGAAGGUUACCGAAAGCUGCAAACAGGCAGAGAUCAGUGAUCUGCAAAUUCAGAUUGCCAAGAUGCAAGAACUUGUGACUAAGGAAACAAAGACUCGGGAUGAAGUGCAGUUUCAGUACCAACAGGCGCUGAAAGCACGUCAACUAGAAAUAGACAAAAUGCGCAGUUCAAAAGACUCCAAGAUUGAUGAGCAACAUGAAGAGUAUCAGAAACUAAAACAAAAUCUUGAGCGCAAAGUCCAAGAAGUGGAGGGACAACUUACUUUACAAAAGCAGGAAAUGUUGGCAGAGUUUGAUGCUGUGAUGAAAUGUCGAGAGCAUGAGUUUACACUCCGAGCAGAUGAAAUGAGUAAUGCAGUACUUAGCAGUGAACUAAAGGUGAAACUUCUUUCAAAAGAGAUGGAACUUUUGAAGGAUGCAGGACAAAAGGCUGCAGAAUCACUUCUUGCAGCAGAGAAAACAAAUAGUCAACUGGAAAAAGUCCUUCAAAGAAAAGACUGUGAACUGAAAGAUGUAGUCACCUUAAAAGAUGUCAGGAUCAAGGAACUGGAAGACAAAGUAAAUAGAAUGGAAAUUAAAUUGAAAAAAGAAGAAGAAAUAUUCCAACGCAAACAUUGUGAAUUGGAUCGUUUUGCUCGUGAGAGAGAUACAAAACUUGCUACUGUAAGGGAAUUACAUUCAGAACAGAUUAGAGAGCUGGAAAACAAUAUACGUGAACUGCAAAUGAGUUUGGAGACAGUUGAAAUGGAGAAACGACGAAUGGAAUGGAGCCAUGCAGAUGCUACAAAGGAGAAAGAUGAUACUAUUGAGAAGUUACAUGGGAAACUUUCAAUGCUAAAGACUGACUGGGAUAUUCAUAUAGCACAGAUCUCCAAGGAGACUGUUGCUAAGGACAUGCAAAUUAAAAUGUUGCAGGACCAGGAUUCAAAGCUGAGAACUGAGUUAACCAAACACAAGGAGGAUGUGGAAAAAUACAAACAACAGCUUGUCCGAGCUGUAGAAAGAGAGCGGGAUCUGGAACGAAUGAAAGUACAGGCCAAGUUGGACUGGCAGCACCGCUGUGAGGAGGUAGAAAGAAGUCAGUAUGUAAAAUCUGAAGAACUUAUUCAAAGUCUGAGCCAAGCCCGGGAUCAGGUUUCAGCCGAACUAAAAGACAAUGAAUGUAAACUGCAGGAGAUGGAGACUUUUGUCCAAACAUUGACUCGAGAAAGAGACCAAGCAGUAUCUGCACUGCAGCUUCAUGGUAUUUUUCCAGAACAGAGUUCACAGAAUGCAAUACCUGAAAAAGGAAAUAUAAAUAAUGCAGAAUUCCCUUCAGAUGUUAUUCGGAAGCUCCAGGAGCAGAAUGUGAACCUGCGUAGCGUUAUUGCACAAAUGAGGAAAGAGAUGGAGAUGCUGAGUGAGCAAAGUCCUGCCAACCAAAACCAGAAUCAAUCAUUUGAUAAGACUGGAUCAUUCAAGAGCCCCAAAGAACCAUCUAAAGAUAUUAUGACCCCAUGCACUCCAGAGUAUGUUAAAUCUUUGGAAGAUGAGGUUCAUGAACUGAAACAAAAGUGCAGAAAGUUGGAAGGACAACUAGAAGAUAUUUCAAAAACUUCUCAUAAAAACAAGGUUCCCAUUCCAAGCCUCCCUGCAGACAUUACCUAUCUUCAGAACCACACUCGUACUUUAAAUGAGACUGUAGCUAGCCUUCGUGCUGAAAAGAUCUCUAUAGCUGCUACUACAAAGAAGCAUGAAGCUAGGAUUGUACAUUUGAACUCUCUGGUAAUGCAGCUCACACAACAGUUACGUCAGAAGCAGGUUGAAAUUAACCAAUUGCGAUAUGAGUUAACUAGUCAACAACAGCGAACAAGUGCAGAAAUUGUGAGGUUAAAUGAGCGAAUUGCUGAACUAGAAUUACAGUUGGUAGAAGCACACAGAGAGGCAGAUGAAUACUUUAAGGGGAACCUUCAACAAAAUGCAGAAGCUGUGGCUUUAGGAAAUGAGGUUUCCGCUCUGAAACUGGAUUUGGUGAGUGGCUGUACUCCAGUUGUGGUUGAACAGACUCAAGUCAUCAAGGAACUUCAGUCAGAAAUUCUGCAACUACGACAACAACUGGUUCACUCAAAAUUGGUUAACAGUCCUUCGAAGCAGCAAAGCUCUACCGUGUCUGUUUUGCAAGGCAAACUAAAGCAGGCAGCUCGCUACAUCAGUCAGCUAUCCCGUGACAAACAGCAAUUGAUUGAGAUGGGGAACCGACUCCGUGCAGAACUGGUUAGAUCUAAAUUAGAUGUUUGUCAGCACUCUGUGGCUGUUGGCCAAUCAGCUCCUCCUGCGCAGUCUCCCAGAGAGCUAGCACAGGAAGUGCAGAAUCGUCUGUCCACUUUGGAGCACUUACAAUACCAACUCACUACACAGGAGUUGCAGUAUGCACAGCUGAAACAAGUUCCCAUUACAGUACAGCAGUAUUCAUCGGAGAGUGAAAAUGGCCGGAAUGCCCAGGAUAAGAAGACUGAAACAAAAGAACAUACCAAGAAUGUGAAUCCAGCUGUACCAUCAACAGGAAAAACUGUGAACGGCAAAACAAAUGAAACCGUCAUCUCAGUGACUAGCCAGUCACAUCUACUUGUACCAGAACCAAGUCAGUCACAACCAAUGAUGCAUGGUCCAUCCAGCCCAUUGGAACUAAUAAUGUCAUCAUAUGGAGCUAACAGUUCUAUUCAAGAUAUUUGGCAGAUGCUGGAGGGAGGAUCCAGCCCUUCCAUAUCUACUCCGCAGAACAACAGUGAACCAGAUGAUGUUGGUGGAAGAAAGCUUGGGAAUAAGGCAGAAUCGGUGCAGCUGACAGAAGACACCAAUUCCAGAAAGAAAGCUGGAAUGGAACCAAUAUACACCUUACAAGGACGUAAAGCUAAUGUCCACAGCAAAGCAAAAUCUCACUGCCUAACUGCUUCUGGAACAAAACAGAAACAUUCAUUCAAAACUGCAAAGAUUAGAAAUUACAAUAUUCGUGACUAAGUACUGUCAUGAGCAAGAAUCUGAAACAAAAGAUCAAAAUGUUGCAAUUGCAAGACAGAAUAUUUUUUUCUCAUGCUGAACCUCUUCAACUAUUCACUCUAGAGUUCCCGAAAACAACCAUAAACUUCAGGAGUGUUAGAGGUUUCGUUUUAACAACGUAUCAGGAACUUUGUAAAAGGAUCAAUAUUGAUCCCAUGUGAUUGGAGGGACCCAAGGUGGAAGAUGAGACUUUCUUCCUCCAGAUGUUGGGUCAAGAAUAUCAUGCCUAGUUCUUACUACAGUCCAGUAACUUUUUCUGAAAGGAGUUUUCAUAUACCUUUUAGAUAUUGUUCACUAGAUCAUCACUGUAAAGAAACUCAUGAUGUUUACUUCUCAUAACCAAAACAAUUAUUUUACGUGACAUGGGAAAUAGUACAAUUGGCUCUGACUGCUUUGUCACCUUUUUGACAUGAGCAUCACAUUGCUGUGUUGUCAAUCUUUUGGUACUUUUUCCAGUGCCCAUUACAUUGAGGGAUACUUUUUGCCUGUCAGUGUUAAACAGAUCUCUUCUUUCAUCUCGUGCUAUACUCUGGAAUAAAUAUAUUACAUCUUUUGGAAUUAAUUUAUUUCAAACCGAAUUAGCUUCUCAGGAUAGAAGAAAAAUGAAUGUUUAAUUAAAACAAUGAAUCCUAAUCCCCUAAUAUAUCUAAAUCUGUUUUAAUCAGGUUGGAGAAUGCUUGUGGGAGAGGGUCAGUAUCCUGCUCACCAGAUGCAUGCCCAUAAUUUUGAGGCCAAGUGCCUCAGAAAUUGCAGCCUUAUUAG